UGCAAAGUCUAAAGAACCUUCUUCUACACUUGGCUAUUAAGCAAGCGAAGCAAAUCCCAAAAACCCAAAACAGACCAAAUAAAAGAAAGAGAAAAAAUCGAAGUCGAAAAUGGCUCUGCAAUGGAUUAUACUGACGUACGUUGUCGCGGCGGAGGCGGCGACGGCGAUCCUUUUAACUGUACCGACGCCGAAGGUCAUAAAAUCAAAGAUGGUAUCCCUUGUUUCCCUUGUUCUUCAGCCUUCACUCUUCAUCGUCCCCUUCUCCGUUUUCCAGCUCAUGGAUAUAUACUGGAAGCAAGAGCACAGAUUGAUGUGUACUGGAGAGACCUGCACUGCUUCUGAGAGGGAUCGCUAUGAGAAAUCGAUCUACAAGGCUCAAAGGAAUGUGAUUCUGUGUGCUGCAGCUGUCUUCCUGUAUUGGUGUAUCUACCGCAUUUGCAAGUAUUACAAGGACAUCCAGAGCAUGGAGGAGGUAGAGAGGAGGUACAAAGAUGAAUAGCUUAUCAUGCCACGCUCUACUUCAGCUUAGAUGGGAACAUUUCAGGCUUCUUCCAGCUCUGUGGAACUACAGAUUUACAAUUAAGAAAUUCCCAUGCUAUACUACUAUUAUUGCAGUGGUAUUCAGUAGGUUUCUUGUAUUGAAAUUUUUGUGCUAAAUCUCCCUUUUAUCGGGCAUUGAGGUCCGAAACUCGACAUCACUGGUGACUAGAGCACCAGAGUCAGUUGUGUACUGUUCGUUGUCAAUUCACUGUGUCUUGGCGAUAAUGCCAUCUUGAUGCUUUCUCCUGUUUCUGGAUUAACGAAGGAAGCAUGAUGCAGAAAAUAAAAGAUCUACUGGCAAACUUGAUAUGCAAAA